GCCGAAUGAAAUACCCUAGAGUGUCGCUACACGGUCCACUCUUCAUUCGAUAGUAUUUUUUAUAAUUGAGUGAAUCAAAAUGGCCGCGAAAACUUUGUAAACGGAAACGUUUAUUUUGAUGACACGAAGAAAAUUGUAUGCCCCGAUUAUUAUUCUCGAUCAGAGUGAAUCGAAUCGGCACGAAAUAAGUCUUAAUUGUCAAGAAAUUGAAUACAUGUAGAUGACAAUGACCGAGGAAACACAAUUAUCUGAGACAGCCGCACAAAAUGAGGCACAAACUAGUUCUCCAGAUGUCGGAAAAGCUAAAGAUAAUAAAAAAGAAAAAUGCCGGCCUAUGACAAAGGUAGUAAUACGGAGACUCCCUCCAACUAUGACUCAAGAUCAGUUUUUAGAGCAAGUUUCCCCUUUACCAGAAAAUGACUAUCUUUAUUUCGUGAAGGCUGACAUGUCAAUGGGACAAUUUGCCUUCUCUCGUGCUUAUAUUAAUUUUGUCGAGCAACAGGACAUCUUUAUGUUCAGGGAAAAAUUUGAUAAUUAUGUAUUCGUUGACUCUAAAGGCACAGAAUAUCCGGCGGUAGUUGAGUUUGCACCUUUCCAAAGGUUACCAAAAAAAAGAGUAGGGAAGAAAAAGGAUUUAAAAUGUGGCACUAUAGAAUCAGAUCCUUACUAUGUAAGUUUCUUAGAAAGUCUUAAAAAUCAAGAGGCAGAGUCCAAUGUAGCACAGCCAAAAACAGAGUAUUCCUAUCAACCACCUGAUAAUACGCCAAAAAAAGUUACAACCACACCGCUUCUGGAAUAUUUAAAACAACGUAAACAAGAGAAACAGCGUCUUAGAGACGAGAAACGCGAGGAGAGAAGACGAAGGGAUUUGGAAAGGAGAAGGACAAAGGAAGAUCCUAUUAUAUCUAAGGUAUUAAAAAAUCCAGAACUUGAUAAAGAAAUGUGUAAAGAUAAUAAAGAAAAUAAAGAGGAAAAAGAUAAACUUUCGCCGAAAGAUAUAAAGAAUCGUAUUAAAAAGGACGAUAAGUUGCGUGAAAAAAUACCCCGAGAUCGAGAUUCCAAACCGAUAACGAAAGGAUAUAGAGAAAGACUUGAAGACAGAAAUAAAGAUAGGGAAAUAAAACAUCAGAGGCGUCACGAUGAUAAAAAAGUGUAUGGAAGACGCGAUGAAAGGGAUAGUAUAAAAGAUGAUAGAAGAAAUGACGUAAAAGAUGAUAGAAAAUGUGAUUUUAAAGACGAUAUUAAAGAUUAUAGAGAACGAAAAAUUGAGGAGAAACGUGGUAAAAGUUAUGAGAAAAUGAGGCAAGAGAAGAAAAGACUUGCAGAAACAAAGAAGCAAAAUGUCGAGUUCAAUAUUGACACUGAAAGUAGUACAAAAUCAAAAAACGAAGCAGAGGAUUCUCAGAGAAAGGAAUCGCAAACUGAUUUGUACGAAACUAUUAAAGAAAGAGAGGAAUCUACAAGAAGUAAUGAUAACACAGAAAUUAGUACAAGUAAGGAGAAAGAAGAAACCAACGAGAAAAUAAUGUUAGCAGAAGAAUCUGUACAAGAUUUGGAACAAACAAAAAGACAGAAACAUUUAGAAAUUUUAAUGGCAUCCAAUGUAAGUAAUAAAGGUACCGAAAAGUCGAAAUCUAACGAACAUAUCAACAGGGAAAAUAAUCAAGGCAAUGAUUCCGAGGAGAAGAAAGAUUCGAAGGUCACUAAAAGGCGUAGUUCGCUCGAAAGUGGUGGUGAUGGAGGUACAGGAGAUGGAAGUUGUUUAAGGCGACACAAGUCUUUAGAUGGAGGAGAUCAGAAUAAUCUACAAAAGGCUGAAAACGAAGAUAAAGAAAAAGACAAGAAAGAUCCGCGAUUAGAACGUCGAAUUAGAAAUAAGGAUCGACCUACCAUGGAAAUUUAUCGUCCUGGAAUGGGAAAAUUCAGUAAACAAAGAUUAGAGCGAGAAAAAUCUAGUAACGACGAGCGAGCAUCCCUCUCACAGAGUCCAACACCAAAUCCCAAUACAUCAAACCUUUGUAAAUCAGGAAAGCCUGGAACAGAAGUACGUUCUAUGACGUUUAAACGUAGCGUUAGUCGUGAUUUAGUAUAGCAGAUACUAAUUUCUACAAAUGCGAUCAAAUAUUAGUGAUACAUUUGUCAAGCCUCUGUUAACAUACAAGAUUUUUACACUAGUCUUUCUCACGAUAUACAGUAUCAUACAGUGUAUCUAUUGUACACAAAUGCAUAAUAAAAUACAGUGUCCUACUUAAUACAGAAAGUUAAUAUCGAAAAGAAAAAUCGCGAGCCGCGAAGUAGCGAACUCUUCUCUGUCAUUUUUGUCGCUUAUAUUAUUCAUGGUGAGGAAAUCUGUUGGUUCAGGGAUGACGAACUUUUUCACAAAAGUUCCACCAACGAUCAACCGAUUUUCCCACCAUAAAGUUUCUAAUUAGGUGCCCGGCGAGCCUUCGUCCCAACUCUACAGAAUUGGUGUAGUGGGGGGCAGUUCUUCUGCGCUUGCGCGGAACAAAAAAGUAGGGGAAAGAGCCACAACCACAACUGGCUUGAUAGCCGCCAGUUCGUCAUCCCUGAAAUGGAUUGCACGAGAUAUUAUUUAUGUAUAUAAAUAACAAU